AUGGGGUGUGGGGAGGGGGGGAUGGAGGGGGGGUGUGUAGUUGGGGUUGUGAGGUAUGGGAAAUGGGAUAGUGGGUAUAUGGGGGUAGUGAGGAGGGAAGGGUUGGGGUGGUGGUUUUGGGGGGUUGAGGUGGGGAUGUUGUUAGGGGGUGGAAUGGGGUGGAAGUUGUAUUUGUUGGUUGGUUAUGUGGUGGGUGUGGUUUAUGGUGUGUUGUUGUUGAUAGUGGGGGGGUGGGUAUUGGGUGGUGUAUAUGGGUGGUGUGGUGUGGGGAUUGUGUUGUGGGUUUGUGGGUAUUUGGGGGGUUGUGGUUGGUAUGUGGGGGGUGUUUGGUUGGAAUUGGUUUAUUUGGGUGUGUUAGUGGUUUUGGUUUUGAUGGGGGGGGGAUUGGUUGGUGUUGAGAGUGUGGGAGGGGGGGGGUGUUUGGUGUAG